CUACUGGAACAACUUAUGGGAGUUUUUCCAGCUGCAAGUGGUAACUUCCUACCUCCAUCAUGGCGGAAGCUCAUGAGUGAUCCUGAUUCUAGUAUAAUUGACUUCUACCCUGAAGAUUUUGCUAUUGAUUUAAAUGGGAAGAAAUAUGCCUGGCAAGGUGUUGCUCUGUUGCCGUUCGUGGAUGAGCGAAGGCUGCGAGCUGCCCUAGAAGAGGUAUACCCAGACCUCACUCCAGAAGAGACUAGAAGAAAUAGUCUUGGAGGCGAUGUCUUAUUUGUGGGGAAACAUCACCCACUGCACGACUUCAUUUUAGAGCUGUAUCAGACAGGUGCCGCAGAGGUAUGGUCUUUUCUGCCAUCAUGA